AUGUUCUUCGGGAAUUUUAUCACCGCCCUAGUUGGCGUGUCUUUCGUUACUGCUGCUCCCGCGUCCGUUGACCGGAGUGCAACACCCAUAGAAAGGGGCCUGAAGCAUAAGACCAGGGCACAACAGAAAAGGGAUAUCAUCAUCCAACAGACUGUCGUGGAGCCCCAGGUCGUAGUCAUCAACAACAACUUGGAUACCAUCGCGGCCCUGGCCUUGACAGCAGAGCAGGAGUUCGCUGCCCUUGUUCAGUCCCAGCUUGCUCUCAUUUCAACGGUGGAGACGAUCAAGAACAAUAUUAGAGUGAAUCACUUCAAGAACAGAUGGACACAAGUUAACACUGUCAUUAUUGCGGUCACAAAUGUCAUUGAUCAGCGAGAUCCCAAAAAUGUCAACACUCGCUACAUGGUCAACCAGCUCAAGGCUGAUAACAACCAGCCUGGCCAGGAGAUUCUUGUAAUGGUUAACGCGGCUGAGCCUCUUACGAUCGGCCCUGCACCUACGCCCGCAAACCUGAAUGUCCCUGGUGUUGCUGGUGUGGGCAACGCGUCUCAGCCCUCUGGUGGUGCCGCGCCUCAAGUUGCUGCGUUCGAUCCCAAUGCACCCUUUGGCCAGAUCAACGGCUCCGUCCUGCUGCCCUUUGGUUCUCAGCCACCAAAAGCUCCGAGCAACGCUCAGGUCUUCGCCGACCCAGCUGCCAUUAUUUUGCCGAAUCAGGGCCUUUUCGUCGGUGACACAAACCUCAUCCAGCAAGAUUGCCAGCUCCUUGCAGCGGGUUCUCUUUUCAACCUUCAGCAGCAGCUGCUGGCCAGCGAACAAGCUAUUGCACAAGCCGAAGUUGCUGGGCUUGUUCUCGGGACCGCACCCCCACCAACAGUCAUCGUCAACGUGAAUGGCGGCCAGCAAGGCCAGCAACAAGCUCAAGACCAACAAGCUCAACAACAAGCUCAGCAGCAGGCCCAGCAGCAGGCCCAGCAGCAGGCCCAGCAGCAGGCUCAACAGCAGGCCCAACAACAAGCCCAGCCGUCAGCUGAUCCACAGGCUCAGCAGCAAGCCCAGCCGCCAUCAGAGCAGGCCGCCACUCCACCAGCACCGGCUCCAGCUGCGGCCCCAUCAGGCGCAUAA